AUGUGCAGUGUUGCCACUGGUUGGUCACUACUCGGCAUUUACUGUGCAUCCCUGGUACGAGUGCCUGAUAGUACAGAUCUAGCCCAAACCAAAGUGUGUGCCGUCCUUGCAUGUUUUCUAUUGAUCGGUGCCUUUUGUUUGAACUUUUUACGGGCUCGAGUGGAUCAAGCCAACUUGGGAGGAAUGUUAUCAGCGACUAUUCUGGUCAUCACCUUGACAGGUGCGGUGCGUGAUCAACAAUACGAUCCAACGGCAGUGCUGCAGGAUUAUAUUCCUAUUCUGGGAGCAUUUGUACUUGUAUUUCUCAUUUGUGUAUUGGUGUGGCCCGAGAACAGCACCUGCAUUUACGUGCAGCAAUUAGUAAAGACGAUCGAAACCUUUGAUGGCAUAGCUCAACGGCAAGUCGACAGCUUUUUGCAUUCCAACAAGGCCCCUCGUGAACAAUCGGUGUAUCCUUCCAGAAGCAGUCAAGUCGAACCAUUGCCGGUGGUACAGCGCACGCUUGAAUCUCUUUUGCAAACCUUGGUUGAAAAGAAACGUGUGGUGCGACGCGAAGUGACAUUUAGUGCUGUAGCCCCUCGCGAUGUCAGUGAAAUCACCAGGCUCAUGAAGAAGAUGCGGGUGCCUCUUCAAGGAAUUGGUCUUAGCCGUACCAUCGAGGACAACAUGCGAAAGGCACUUACACGUCGCCACAUUGCCAAUCGACUCAAGAAAUUUGCAACAUUGGAUAGUCUUGAUCCUAUCAGCAAUCCGGCAGCCGAUCCUCGUGCAAGUUACAGUGGCCAAAGCUUUUCAACGGUGGGAUCCGAUAAUCCUUGUUGGACCAGUGACGAUGACGAUGAUGAUGAGGGUGAUGAUGCAAGUACAGUGAGCUCCAGCAGUAGUACCUGCAGCAGCACUAGCAGCAGCAGCAGCAGUAUUGGGUCACAAGGAACGCAUGAUGACAACAAUGACGACGAUCUUAUGCGACCUUCAACAUCAACACAACAAACCAAGAUCCCUUCACCCUAUGAAGAAUGUGGUGCUCCCAAUGAAAAGGAGGUGGAUGACAGCAGUGAUGAUGAUGAUGAUGAGAAGGAGCAGCAUGAUCCAAAAGCGGCUUUAAGGGAUGACGACCAUGGCCAUGGCAACGGCUUUUUCACUCCUGAGCAUAUCACGAUCACCUUACCACCUGAAUCACCCAAUGUAUGGCGACGUGAAUAUGAUGAAAUACUUGAAACUGUGCGACCCAUUUAUCGUGAAUUGUCACAAGCAUGUUCCACAGCAGCCUAUGAAUCAACUUUACGUUUGAAUCGAAUGCAGCGUGGUGGAUGGGGUCGUACGAUACGCCACAUAGUGGGUAAAGGGCCAUCUGAUGAAGAAUAUGCACGAGAUCAUGAUCCCUCUGUACCCUUGUUAAAGGCGAUCCGAAGAUUUGACAGCCAUCGACUCACGGGUUUGCAACGACUCUAUCACGAGGAUGUCCCACGUCGUAUUUUAUUCAUGUUGCUCCAUUUUCAAUUCAAUCUACGUGGCUAUGCUGAACGUGUGUAUACGCUAUCAUCGCUUGUUUACGAGAUGGAUCAAGUGCGCACCCGUCGUCGAGUAUGGUUACCACACAUGUCCUUACGUAAAUGGCUUGGCCGCAAAAACGAUCAGGAGGAUGUCGGCCUUGAUCCACCAGCACAAAUAGUGGAGACGCAUGUAUACGAAUCAGCUGGAUUACAACGUUCACUUUCGCGUCGUGCAACCACCAUCCUCAAUGAAUUGGAAGCCCUUCCCGAUCUUGCCGAACCCAUGCGUGGUCAAGUACCAACACCCAACAAUGAUAGCAGCAGCAAUUUACAACAACGCAAACGACAAAGUAGCAGUAAUGGUGGUGGUACGGCUCCACCUCGAUUUGAUCCCACCGUCAUGUAUCAUGAUCCCGAUGUUGCCUAUCCGACAACGCGUACACAGCGUGCUUUUUAUACAUGUUGGCAAUUCUGUAAAGCGAAUCUCUACUCGGCCGAUACCACCUUUGCUGUUCGUGCAUGUAUUGUUCUUAUGGCGCUCACACUGCCAGCCUUUUUGGAUGAAUCAAUUGAUUGGUAUAAUCGUGCGCGUGGCCAAUGGGCUGCUGUGGUUGCAUUGGUGUGGAUGGGUCCAUCGGUCGGAAGUAACUUUUUCGGGUUGAUGGUACGCACCGUCGGUACAUUUAUCGGAGCCAUCUGUUCCUUGUUGAUUUGGGAAAUCAGCCGAACCAAUCGUGCUGCCAUGGUCAUCUUGGUGUUUGUAUUCAAUCUCCCCUGGUGGCUCGUGUACCUGAAUGGCAAGUUUUGGAAGGCGACUGGUUUGUUUAGCCUGAUCACCACGUCAAUUAUUGUCGGAUAUGCGUAUCACUACAAGAUGUCCGGUGCUGGUAUUUCUGUAUACGAGGUCACUUAUGAGCGAACCAUUUCAGUCCUUGCUGGUGUUGUGGCUGCCUUGGUGAUCAGCGUGUUUCCAUAUCCACGUACAGGCCGUGUUGAAUUACGACAUCGUAUCUCACGCACUUUGGGUGAUGUGGCUGCUCUGUAUUCAUCAUUUCUCGCCUUAUUGCUCAAGAAUUCACGUCGUGAUGAAAAUGUGCGCAAGGAGAAUCGUAAGGUGUUUCGCUGUGUGGCUGCAGAUAUUCGAAAGCAAAUCAAAGGCGCCCUUGUAUUACUAGAACAAAGCCGUUUCGAACCUGCAUUACGAGGCGUAUUCCAGGAACACAAAUAUUUGCAGAUCCUUCAAGUAUUGGAGAACAUGGUGAAUCUCAUGAUUGAUAUGGAGCAUGCACUUGAACGUAUUCAUGAACAUUGGCGAUUGGAUUUGGUUCGAAAUACCUGGAAGGAGCGAAAGAAUGCGAUUGCAUCAUUUCUUACUGCCCUGCAUUUGGGUGCCAAUGCAUUAAGUAACAAAUCACCAUUACCACCUUAUAUCCUACGACCUACUCGGGCAAGACGCAUCCUCACCAACAAAGCACGCUUGAUACCCAACUUGAUGCCUGAGCAUUUGGCCGAUCCAGAGUAUACUUAUUACAGCGCCUACUUGAUGAGCUCAGAACAGCUUGCCGUCGAAAUCGAACUGCUCAUUUCCACCAUUCGAGAUCUUGUUGGUCCUGAUAGUGUCAGCGUUUGGUUAGAUUACAGACAUUAG